CGCAGCCGGUCGCGCCUCCGCCUCCCCCUUCCCGCGGGGCGAGAGCGAGAGCGAGAUCUCCCUCCUCCCUCCUCCUCCCGCCCGGCGGGCCGCCCGCGCCGCAGCCCCGCCGCCGCCAACCGCCCGGGCCGGGCGAUCGCCCCCCGGGCCCCGCUCCCCGUCCCCGGCCGCGCCCCGGAAGAGGGGCUCCCGCUUCCUCGCUUCCGCACCCCCGGCCCCGCCGCGCCCGGCGUCCGUUGAGCCGCGGCUGCCGCAGCCCGGCCCGGGGGCCUCGCGCUCCCGAUCUCUGUUCUGGGCCUCGCCCCGCGGGAAGGACCCGGAGCCACGGCGGGGAGACUGGAAAGGCCUAGAACCGCGCCCGGGCUCUUCUGGGGACCGAAGUCUCCCAGGGGGGUCGCUCCUGCCAGCCAGGCAGGAGCGACAGGCAUCGUUUUUGUGCCUCUUCCUUGGCUGUGGACCGGAGCCCCAUAGCCCAGGAUUUGCACACGCAAGUCUCUGGCGAGGCAGCGGAAGGGGCGCUCUCGGGGCGACCGCAGACCUCGGCGAGGACCCCAGCCCGUCCCCCGAGGGGCCCCGAUGAACGAGGACUUAGGGGUGCCCCCUCCCCAGCACGUUUGUGCGAUUUCUGUGAUCUAGUCCUUAAGGAAGGUGGCCGUUUUUUUCCCCCCUAGGAUGCAGAAAGUAGAUGACAUUCCAUCCACACUGUGUGAGCAAAUUGGAGAGAUUGCCUUGAUAGAGGACUGAUGUUUUUCACUGAUGAGAUGGUAGGGGUUGUCUUGCUAUUGGAGAAAUACAUCAUCCCUGAAGAACUGUGAGCAAGUGGAACCGAGUGUGGGCUUUGAAGGGUAGCGAGCUUGCACCCUGACCGGGGAGGGCCCGGGUCACACAGUUGUUGAUGUGGAACAGGUGACCAAAAGCCAGCCCCACUGUGAGUUGAACUCUUUCGUGUUGACCGGCCACUCUCCUGUGCUCUGGAUGAUGUCGGAACACGACCUGGCGGAUGUGGUUCAGAUUGCAGUGGAAGACCUGAGCCCUGACCACCCAGGUACAGAGCUGUGGGACAGUAGUUGUUUUGGAGAAUCAUGUAGUGACAGAUGAAGACGAACCUGCUUUGAAACGCCAGCGACUAGAAAUCAAUUGCCAGGAUCCAUCUAUAAAGUCAUUCCUGUAUUCCAUCAACCAGACAAUCUGCUUGCGGUUGGAUAGCAUUGAAGCCAAAUUGCAAGCCCUGGAGGCUACUUGUAAAUCCUUAGAAGAAAAGCUGGAUCUGGUCACGAACAAGCAGCACAGCCCCAUCCAGGUUCCCAUGGUGGCCGGCUCCCCUCUCGGGGCAACCCAGACGUGCAACAAAGUGCGAUGCGUCGUCCCCCAGACUACAGUAAUACUCAACAAUGAUCGGCAGAACGCCAUUGUAGCCAAGAUGGAAGACCCCUUGAGCAACAGGGCACCGGAUUCCCUGGAAAAUGUCAUUAGCAACGCUGUGCCUGGGCGUCGGCAGAACACCAUUGUGGUGAAGGUGCCGGGCCAAGAAGACAGCCACCACGAGGACGGGGAGAGCGGCUCGGAGGCCAGCGACUCUGUGUCCAGCUGUGGGCAGGCGGGCAGUCAGAGCAUCGGGAGCAACGUCACCCUCAUCACCCUGAACUCGGAAGAGGACUACCCCAAUGGCACCUGGCUGGGCGACGAGAACAACCCAGAGAUGCGGGUGCGCUGCGCCAUCAUCCCCUCUGACAUGCUGCACAUCAGCACCAACUGCCGCACGGCCGAGAAGAUGGCGCUCACGCUGCUGGACUACCUCUUCCACCGUGAGGUGCAGGCCGUGUCCAACCUCUCGGGGCAGGGCAAGCACGGGAAGAAGCAGCUGGACCCGCUCACCAUCUACGGCAUCCGGUGUCACCUUUUCUAUAAAUUUGGCAUCACAGAAUCCGACUGGUACCGAAUCAAGCAGAGCAUCGACUCCAAGUGCCGCACGGCAUGGCGGCGCAAGCAGCGGGGCCAGAGCCUGGCCGUCAAGAGCUUCUCGCGGAGAACGCCCAACUCGUCCUCCUACUGCCCCUCAGAGCCGAUGAUGAGCACCCCACCUCCUGCCAGCGAGCUCCCGCAGCCACAGCCGCAGCCGCAGGCCCUGCACUACGCGCUGGCCAACGCACAGCAGGUGCAGAUCCACCAGAUCGGAGAAGACGGACAGGUGCAAGUAAUCCCACAGGGACACCUCCACAUCGCCCAGGUGCCGCAGGGGGAGCAAGUCCAGAUCACGCAGGACAGCGAGGGCAACCUCCAGAUCCAUCACGUGGGGCAGGACGGUCAGCUUCUAGAGGCCACCCGCAUCCCCUGCCUCCUGGCCCCAUCCGUCUUCAAAGCCAGCAGUGGCCAGGUGCUGCAGGGUGCACAGCUGAUCGCCGUGGCCUCCUCGGACCCCGCGGCAGCGGGCGUGGAUGGGUCGCCACUCCAGGGCAGUGACAUCCAGGUUCAGUAUGUGCAGCUGGCGCCAGUGAGUGACCACACGGCCGGGGCACAGACGGCCGAAGCCCUGCAGCCCACGCUACAGCCGGAGAUGCAGCUCGAGCACGGGGCCAUCCAGAUCCAGUGAGCGGUGCCCAUGGCACCAGGAGCCCCUCUCCGGCUCCGCCUACGGCCCGGCCCCCACGCGCCCUGCUCUCACGGCCUCGGCACAGGCAGCGGCUGCACGUGUUCCGCUGAAGUGCGUCUGAAGGCCGCUGCCUCGCGGGGAAGAGCAUCCUAUCAACUGAAAGAGCAGCCGCCGCCCCCAGCCGGAGACCCCUUUCGUUUGAGUCGUGCUGUUGGUGUCGGAGGACAAGGGGAGGCACAGUGUGGAGAGCGUCGCAUAUGCGCGGGAAAUCAAGAACUAUGAUAUUUUUCUGUUUAAACAGCUUUUUUUAAUUUGCUAUGGUGUUUAUAACAAAAAAGAAAAUUUGAAAAAAAAAAUCCCAGGGGAGUAGCAGGAGCCCUUUGCUGUGUGCUCUGUCCAGUGUCAUGAGACGGGAGCCCUUUGCUAUGUGCUCUAUCCAGUGUCAUGAGACGGGAGGCCUUUGCUGUGUGCUCUGUCCAGUGUCAUGAGGCAGGUGUUUGCAAAGCCAGCUCUCGGUUCCGAUGGGGUAUUGCUGACCUACUUUUCUAGGGGAAAUGCUCUUAAACACUGUAAUUAUGCAUUUCUAAUGAAAUAAAAUGUAUUUAUGACCACA